AUAUUUACCUUAAAAUUCUAGUGUGAAAGAAAUGUGUGAUAGCGGGAAUCGGGGAACUCCCAGUCACCGCAGCGUGGUGUAUAUGUACAGCCGGGACUAUGUGGAGACCUGUGACUCUUUAUCCAAAGUCCCGAACCGGGCGAGUAUGGUGCAUUCCCUGAUUGAAGCCUAUGGGUUAUUAAAUCAUAUGAGUGUGGUUAAGCCUCGCAUGGCUACUAUGGAGGACAUGGCCGUGUUUCACACACACUCUUACCUCGAGCACCUGCACAAGAUCAGCCAGAAUGGAGACAAUGAUGACCCUCAGUCAGUGGAUUUUGGCCUGGGGUAUGAUUGUCCAGUGGUGGAGGGUAUAUUCGAGUACGCAGCUGCAGUUGGUGGAGCCACUCUGACGGCCGCUCAAUGUCUGCUGGAUGGAAAGUGUGAAGUUGCCAUUAAUUGGGCAGGAGGCUGGCACCAUGCCAAAAAGGACGAAGCAUCAGGGUUCUGCUAUGUAAACGAUGCUGUUCUGGGGAUUCUCAAACUGCGAGAGAAGUAUGAGAGGGUGCUUUAUAUAGACGUGGAUCUUCACCAUGGCGACGGCGUAGAAGAUGCCUUCAGCUUUACUUCCAAAGUGAUGACUGUGUCUCUGCAUAAGUUCUCUCCUGGCUUCUUCCCAGGCACAGGUGACGUGUCCGACACAGGCCUAGGAAAGGGCAGAUGGUAUGCUGUAAACGUGCCUCUAGAGGACGGAAUCAGAGAUGAUCGCUACCUCCAGGUCUUUACCAGUGUCAUGCAGGAAGUGAAAGCGCUGUUCAAUCCUGAAGCAGUAGUGAUGCAGUUAGGGGCGGACACCAUGGCUGGUGACCCUAUGUGCUCUUUUAACAUGACUCCAGUAGGAGUGAGCAAGUGCCUGAGCCAUGUGCUGGAGUGGAAGCUACCUACACUUCUCCUGGGAGGAGGUGGGUAUAACCUUGCCAAUACUGCCCGCUGCUGGACUUAUCUGACAGGAACAGUCCUAGAGCAGAGUCUAUCCUCAGAGAUACCAGACCAUGAGUUCUUUACAGAAUACGGUCCGGAUUAUACUCUGGAGAUAAGCCCAAGCUGCCGACUCGACCGCAACGAGAGCCAGCAGUUGGAGCGGGUCAUCAGCACUAUCAAAGGGAAUCUGAAGAAUGUCGUUUAAGCAGUGGGCUUUAAGCUCAUGUUUCCAAAUCAGACCCUGUUCUCCUAAUGAAGACAGUAUGUGGGAGCCAUCAAGGGAGCUGAGCUUUGGAAAACAUUACUCAAAUGUUUCCGAGGAACUUUGUUUAAUGGGAAAACGAGCGGGCUAGUGUUGCCCUUUGCAAGAUGUCCGAAGUCUGUGUGGGUCACAAGGUCAACAGUCCACAGUGUUUUUAGUUUUUUUUUUUUUUUACAUAAUUUUAUUGAUAUUUUAAAUGAAAACGCAGGACCUGUCAUAUCCAAUCCGAUACACUUAGACUAAAACAAGUCAAGAAAGAAAGAAUUUAAAUGCUGAAAUUUGGUGCUUGUUCCUUCAGUACGGUUGUAGUUUUGAUAGUAUUGUUAUCUUCAUGGAUCUUCAUCUUCAUGGACCACGUUUUAAGUUGCAAGGUUGGUUCUUAAAUAUGAAGUCAAGAUAUUUGCUUGUCUUAUUUUUUUUGCAUAUUAUUUUAAGUGGUAUGCCUCUUACUGUUCCCUGGUGCAAUGGAGUCAUUGUCUUAUAUUACUGCCAACACACUCAUUCUCUCCAAAAACACAACAAACCGCUCCACCCAAGCAUGCUCACACAAACUGGAAGAUAGACAAAAAGGAUAGAGGAACAAGAAAGGAGUAUGUAGGUCAACAAAACUUGUUCAUUCUGUUUGAUGCUGUCAUUGCUAUCACCCCAUUUAAGUUUUUUUUUUCGGUGAAUUUUAACACUGCAGUGUAAAUAUUCCUUUCCUAAUAAAAUCCUAAUGAUAAGUGCA